AUGACCUCGAAUAGUAACGGCAAUGGAAGGGAAACCCCUUCCAUAAAGGCCACCCAAAGUAGCGAAACAACGCCGUUGUUGCAACAUGCGGACAGCAACAACAAUGUUCCUGCGGAUCGGUCGCAAACAGCCAAUGAGAAUGAGGAACAGACCGUUUUCGUCGAGGAGGUUACAGGCGUUAAACUGUGGCUCAUCCUAGGUAGUGGCUAUGUUGGCGUCUUCUUGGGAGCUGUAGACGCCUCUAUCAUCGCGACACUUUCGGCGCCAAUUUCGAGCGAGUUCAGGUCCCUGAGUUUGCUGUCAUGGUUAGCCACCGCAUAUCUCAUCGCCAAUGCAGCCUGUCAACCGAUCAGUGGGAGGCUGACCGACAUAUUCGGGCGAGGACCAGGCUUGAUCUUCAGCAAUGUAUUCUUCGCGGCCGGGAAUCUCAUAUGUGGACUUGCACAGAACGAACACGUCAUGAUUUUCGGCCGCGUUGUUGCAGGUAUCGGCGGAGGUGGCUUGAUGUCCAUCUCUACUUUCCUGGCAACGGACUUGGUCCCUCUCCGGAAGCGAGGUAUCAUUCAAGGCAUUGGAAACAUCGCAUAUGGCUCCGGAGCCAUGUGUGGCGGUGUCCUCGGAGGAUUGCUGAACGAUUACACAAGUGGAGGAUGGCGUUUAGCAUUCCUUAUCCAGGUGCCUCCAGUCUUGGUCUCAGCAUGCCUCGUCGCAUACUUGGUGCGAAUUCCUCCGAAAGUGUCCAAUAAAUCAUACCUGGCACGGAUCGACUUCAUUGGAGCGUUUCUGAUUAUUGUCUUCCUGGUCCUGCUUCUGCUAGGCCUCAACGCUGGGGGCAACUUGGUACCCUGGGUCCACCCAUUGCCUCUCACCACCAUCCCACUCGCGUUCGUUGCCGCAGUGGGAUUCGUCAUUUGGGAGGCAAGAGCCGCGCAACCCAUCAUACCAGUCAGGCUUCUUCUCCGUCGGACUGUCUUCAAUGCAUGCAUGACGAAUCUCGUUACUACUAUGGCUAACAUGAUGGCCUUGUUUUACAGUCCACUCUAUCUGCAGGUACGCGGUCAAUCUGCAACGCAAGCCGGUCUGGUUCUUCUGUUUGCCCCGAUCGGUAUCAGCAUAUGUUCUAUUGGCAGCGGUUACCUGAUGAGGAAGACUGGACGAUACAUCGCUCUCGGUGCCCUUGCGGUCGGUCUGCAAUUGGCACAUGUCAUUAUUCUGACUACUCUCGACGAAACGACACCGAAAUGGCAUAUCAUGAUAUCAUUCUUUCUAUUGGGCUCCGGCUAUGGCGCUAUGCUGACUAUUACGCUGCUAGCGUGUCUGGCUGCGGUCGACCAUUCUGAACAGGCGCCCAUCACUAGUGCCACAUAUGCAUUCAGAUCCGUUGGGGGGACUGUUGGCAUUACCAUCGCCUCCGCGGUGUACCAGAAUAUCCUGAAGACGCAGCUCUGGGAUCGCUUUGGAAGUUUGCCCGACGCGGGCGUGGAGAUACCCAAGAUCAGGGACGAUCUCGACGAGCUCAACCAUUUGCCAGUGGGGUGGCACAGGCCAGACGUUAUUGCCAUUUUCAUGGAGGCAUUCCGAGGCGUGUGGUUCACGGCUCUUGCCAUGGUACUCAUUGGCCUGAUUUCCAUCAGCCUCAUGAAACAACAUACCCUCCACGCAACGCUAGCCCGCAACGAGCGAUCUUAA